GUCCAAAAGCUUGGUCUGGCUCUGCGCUCACUUGGGGUCUCGAAGGGCGAUCGCGUGGCUAUCUACAUGCCGAUGGUUCCUCAGCUCAUCAUUUCUAUGCUGGCUUGUGCUCGCAUUGGUGCCGUGCACUCAGUUGUGUUCGGUGGAUUUUCUUCUCCCGCCCUGGCUGAUCGCAUAAUCGAUGCAGACUGCAAGGUGUUAAUCACAUGUGACGGUGCUUGGCGUGGUGCGAAAUUAGUGGAUCUGUACUCGAACGCGGCCGCUGCUCUGCAGUUAUGUCAGGAUCGGGGUCACACUGUGUCUAACCUUACUGUUCGAAUCUCCGAGGGCCGUGAUAUUUGGUGGCACGAUUUGAUGGCACAAUUCCCGGACGACUGUGAAUGUCCGAUUGAAUGGAUGAACGCGGAGGACCCAUUGUUUAUCCUGUACACGAGUGGGAGCACCGGUCGUCCGAAAGGUAUUUUGCACACGAUCGGUGGCUACAUGGUCUAUGCGGCUACAACAUUCUACCAUACGUUCCAUUAUGAAGAUGACGAUGUUUAUUGGUGUACUGCCGAUGCUGGUUGGAUUACUGGACAUUCGUAUGUGGUCUAUGGACCGAUGGUGAACGGUGCAACAAGUGUGAUUUUUGAGGGGAUUCCCACGUGGCCAGAUAUGGGACGUUGUUGGGCCAUUAUCGAUCGGUAUCAAGUGACCAAAUUCUACACUGCUCCUACUGCAAUCCGCACUCUGAUGGCAGCCGGGGACUCAUUCGUUACGGCUUACAAACGAACCAGUCUUAAAGUAGGUUGCAUUGGAUUAAUUCUUUGUUGUACUAUUUUGUUGUGA